CCAUGUUUUACACACACGGCUCAGCUGAGAGGAAAAAAGAGAGACGAUCUGAAGUCCAUCCUGGACCAGGCUGAAGCUCCUUUUGUUCCACACUGGCAUCAACAAAAUUAACGGGACAUUUUUUCUCUGUUUGCUUCAGAGGCGUCAGGAAAUAUUAAUGACAUGGACUUACAGGAGGCUGUACAUAUGGAUCAGUGUGGGCCGUGCCUGAAGAGAAGAAGGCACGACAGCGAACAAUCUGUCUCCAGUGGAACCAGCAGCUGUUCUUCUGCUUUGGAGUACACGGAUCUGGAGGCGGCUGAAGCUCUGGUGUGUAUGAGCUCCUGGGGUCAACCAGUGUUCCUCGGUGGCGGCGGCGGCGGCGGCAACAAGCUGAACACCUGCAAGCCCCGGCCCCUCACUCCGGCUUCUGAUUCCUGCGACUCCCUCCUGCCACUGGAGCUCCAGGAAUCCCCAAGGGACUUUGUGUCCCUCUCCUCUCUGUGCAUGACACCUCCCCACAGCCCCAGCUUUGUUGAGACCUCUUCAAGCGGCACGGUCCAGUCUUCCCCGACACCCACCGUGUCCACGGCAUUCUCUGGACCUGCGCUCCAUCAACCCAACCUGGCCCACACUCCUGAAAGGACCCUGUCCCUGCCUGCUCCGCUGCACCCCUGCAGAGCCAUGGCGACCAGCGUCAUCAGGCACACUGCGGACACAGACCUGUGCCAGCAGCGCCACAUUCCAGUCACCUCCAUUUCACAGAAAACUGCGAGCACAGUGACUGCAACAGGAACAAUAGUGUGCAUGCAGCAGCAACAGGAAUGCAUCACAAACACACCUCAGUCUCCUCCUGCAGCAGCAACAACACAGCACCCUCUCAGUCUCUCUAAACCUUCCUUGGACAUUGUCUCCACCUCCACAGUCAACACCCAACCACAAAACCCACCCACAGGCCCCCCAGCCAUCCUCUCUCCUACUUCAGUGACCAGUCCACAAAUCAUCUGCCAGAUGUUUCCCAUCUGCAGCCAAUCGGGAAUAAUCUCAGCGUUCAUCCCCAGUCCAGGUCAGACCUCCGGUACUGGAAUUCGGACUGCCACAACACCCAUCCUCCCCCACCCCACGUCGACCAACAGCCCCUCCCUCCAGCAGCCCCUUAUUGUGGGCUCAGCAGUGCCACAGGCCACGGUAAUGUUGGUCCUCCCUCAUUCCUCGGUCCCCCAGGCCCCUCAGGGCCAACAGACUGUCAUGACCCUGGGCAACACCAAACUGCUACCUCUAGCCCCAGCCCCCUUGUACAUGCCGGCUGGGCCCUGCAGCAACACGGCAGCCACAAAAAUAGACUUUUCUCGCAGGAGAAACUAUAUCUGCAGCUUUACAGGUUGCAGAAAAACUUACUUCAAGAGCUCACACCUCAAGGCUCAUUUACGGACGCACACAGGUGAGAAACCAUUCAGCUGCAGCUGGGACGGGUGUGAUAAGAGGUUUGCCCGCUCCGAUGAGCUGUCCCGACAUCGGCGCACGCACACCGGCGAGAAGAAAUUCGUCUGUCCGGUGUGCGAUCGGCGAUUCAUGCGCAGCGACCACCUGACCAAACAUGCUCGCCGUCACAUGACCACAAAGAAAAUCCCCUCCUGGCAGGCGGAUGUUCGCAAUCUGAGCAAAAUGGCUGCAGACAAAACUCCUCCCUCUAAAGCUGCCAUUGGCAUGCUGAGCAUGCUAGUACCUGCCAGCUCCAAGUAGACACUGAACAAAUGCGAUCUUUUUCAGUCUGUGUAUACUUUGGUAUGUGGAUGCUCUCAUUGGAAACAAGUAAUGAAAACCAAGUAAUAUUUUGAUUUCAAAGUAUUAAAUUGAAUCAUGAGCCAUUCUGCCUUUUUUGAGGUCAAAAACAGGCGAGUUGACCAAUUAGUUUGAUAUACUUUCAUGUCUAAAAUUU